AUGCCAGCUGUGCUACCGUUUGCCAAACCACUAGCGUCUAAGAAGUUGAACAAGAAAGUCUUGAAGACUGUCAAGAAGGCCUCCCGUGCUAAGAACGUCAAGCGUGGUGUCAAGGAAGUUGUCAAGGCCCUAAGGAAAGGCGAGAAGGGUCUUGUGGUCAUCGCCGGUGACAUCAGUCCCGCCGACGUCAUCUCCCACAUCCCAGUGCUAUGUGAGGACCACGGUGUCCCAUACCUGUUCGUGCCAUCCAAGCAAGACUUGGGUUCCGCAAGUGCAACCAAGAGACCUACCUCUGUGAUAUUCAUCGUGCCAGGCAGCAACAAGAAGGACAAGUCCAAGGAGGAAGAAUACAAGGAAUCUUACAACGAAGUUGUCAAGGAAGUCAAGGCCUUGUAA